AAUGGGCGAUGUCAUGGAUGACAUCACCGCAGGUUUCUCUGAGAUGGGAAAGGGUUUUUCCAAAGGCAAGACCGAUGCAAAAAAGAGUCAUCUCAAGGGAAAGGCGGAGAAGAGUGAGAAUGUGUUCUUUGGAUACUCGUCUAUCAGGUAG